CUAUACACAUAAAUGCACGACAUGCGAAGUUACAAAUACAAACUAGUCCUGAGACCUGGCAUAAAUUAUAGAUUGUCUCAAACGAGUUCAAGACCUUUAUAUCUUCUAAAGCUUUGCUAAUAUAAUUCCUAGUAUUUUCAAUUGCAUAUAUAUAUAUAUAUAGGUAUAUAUGUAUAAUAUAUAAAAUCGAUAAUUGACUCAUCGCUCUCGGACUCGUCAUAGAAAAAGUUGCAUGAUUCAGUCGAUUUGUAUUCAUUCUGUUUGACGUAAUAGUGUUGGUGUAUGUAUGUGGAUUAUAGUGUCAUAAUUUUCGUUUUCUUUUUUAUUAUUGAGAUCAUUAUUGAGAAUUAUUACAUAUAUCGAGAUCAUUAUCUAGCAUUCUAGCACAUUCGCGAUACAAGGUAGCACGACGUACGUGUAUCGUUACCGAGAAGUCUCGGUUCGUAAAAUAUAUAUAUGAUGCAAGCGAGAUGCAAUGUUUUCAGGAAGCAGCCUAAGAGAGUACGCCGGAUGCGCUAAAAAACAGGAUAUAAUUGGAUGAGACGGAUGACGGCGUGUGCGUUUGAUGUGAUAUUCGUCACCGAACGAUGGAACGACUUUUCCUUAACGAUAUGUCGAUGUUGAGAAUAAAAUCUUCACGUUGUGGUAGUGCGCUCCAAGCAUUCGCAAUGAUAACAAGUGUUGGCGCAUCGGUGUUAAUUAUGAAUGACCGUUACCGCGAACACCCCAAAACGCAUUCAACGAUAUUCAAGAUACGUGAAUAAUGUAAAUGUGUGCGCGCGUUUAUCUCGUCCGCGGUCGCGGGCGAGAGUGCUGGGAAUAAAAUUGGUGAGGCAUCUCAGAUGGACCGAGAGGAAUCAAUGUGAUGUGCUGACCGGCAUAGGAUAUCGAAGGACAGCGACGAUCCGCGCACCAAAAUGGUAGGGGGGUACUGGCCAGAUCCGGAGGAUGGUAUAAGAGAAGAAGGGAUACGAAACCAACGCCAGUUAUAUUGACUUUCUUUUAAGCGACACGCGCGUUACACACUCCGCGGGAGGAUACACAUUAAAUUUCCACGAUGAGGCCACCGCUAGAAAUGCUACUAAUUAUAGUAGCGUUAGCUACGCACACACGUGGACUUCCCUAUGGAGAAUUACCACCUCAAUUGCAGACACAAGACAAGCUUGUCUGGUACGGUGACGAUCGUCUUUCCCAAGCUCAAAACAAUGUCUACCCUAUCUACAAAGAGAACAUUGUCCCGGAACAAAUUGGUCAAGCGCAAUUUGAUUGGGAUCAGUCGCAGCAAAAUACGUUUGAAGGAUACGAAACGCGUGCUCCGUCAGAAUCACAGAAGCAACUUAAUCCCGACUACGCAUAUCAGCCUGAUCAAACGCUGCAGCCUUACCCUAGUGCCGUGGACGGCUUCACUAUCAGUUGCAACGGUAAAAAUAAAGUUUGCGUGGCUAAAAGUCUGUGUAUCGAUGGAUACGUGCAUCCCUUGAAGCAAGGCUUUAUUCGACCAGGACAGGUGCAAGAAUGCAAGCUCAGCCAUGAAGUAUGUUGUACCGUGCGAUACGAUUUGGAUAAUUCACCGUAUGAUAACGAUCAAAUUAAUACGGUGCUGAAGGAUAAUCAGUACCCGGAACCCACUCUAGAAAACGAUGAGAAGUACGUUCCUUACGGGGAAAAUAAUCAGGCGGACGUAACCGAACUGAAACCUCCGUUAGGAAACGACGCUGAACUGCAAACAUCAUCGAACAAUGGUUACGAAAUCGAGCCGGCUAAUCAGCCUCGCGAUGAUAUAAAGCCGGCCGAAGAGUUGCCAAUCGAUUACAAUCAGAUACCUGCCGGUACGAAUCAACAAGAGCAGUAUCAAACAGGCGAUACUAGUGCUAGCGAGCCAGUCUUCUCUCCGUUGAAACCGGCCUCCGCAAACUCUAAUCCCGCGGUCUUCCAAUUCACGGUGCACAUGGGAUGUGCGGCCGCCCUGCUCUGCGUAGAAGAGCAGUACUGUACGUUAGAGGGAAUGAUUACCCCGGAACCAGUUGUACUUACCAGCAAACAGCUCCUUCGACGUGUUCCGUUGAGCAGCUGCAGGAUCUCCAAGACCGGGGCGGCCGGUAAGUGUUGCCGCGAUCCGAACUACGUGGACCCGUGGCCGACAGGCAAUCUCCCGGCCAAUUAUACCGGCGGCUUCGACGAGCAGGGCUUCCCGACGUUCUUGAAUAUCGCGAAAGUGCGACCUCCGAAGCCGGUCACGCAACCACCCAUCAAGACGAUUCCCAAGCCACCGGUCAAGCCACCCGUUCACGAGCAGCUGCAGCCUACGAACGUCGUGCCCCUGGUACCGGACGAUUCUGACGUGAUCCCGCAACGCGUGCUACCGAUCUCAACCCAAGUUCCGAUAGCGCAUCCGGUCAGCACUCCCGUACCGUUCAUCGAAAACCCGUACGACCCUAUUUCAAGUGAUCAAAAUUCUCUUCCCAUCGUGCCGGGAUUGCAAUUGCCCAACAACCCGUGUGGAGUGAGAAACUACGGACAACGCCCGACCGACUUCAGAGAUACCGACGCGGCAUUCGGAGAGAUUCCUUGGCAAGCGAUGGUCUUAUGGUCGGAAGAACGUAAGAUUUUGUGUUCCGGCGCGUUGAUAUCGUCAGACAUCGUUCUAACAGCUGCCAGUUGCGUAAAUAGACUCCCACCAAGUGAACUGUCCGUGAAACUCGGGGAAUGGAAAUUGGGCUACGAACUUGAACACGAGGAGCCGCUACCGUUCCAGAUCAUCAAUGUACAAACGAUCAAGUAUCAUCCUGGAUACGUGGAGGGAUCGCCCAGCAACGAUACCGCUAUGUUGCUCUUGGAACAUCCUGCGACAUUUAAUUUACAUAUCAACACGCUAUGUCUUCCCGACAACUAUCAAAUGCAAGAAACUUCACGAUGUAUCGUGACAGGAUGGGGCAAGUCGAUAUUGCAAGCUCAUUACGCUGGUGCCAUCAUGCAUAUGGUCGACGUGGAUCUCUUGUCGCGUGACGUCUGUCAAAAUCGCGUCUUGGAUGCGGACUCCCAUAUCAAUAUCGCGCAUAAUAUAAUUUGUGGCAAAGCGCACGAAGGCAACAACAUGUGCCAGGCCGAUGUCGGUUCUCCAAUGGCUUGUUACGACGGCAAUGGAGCCUACCAUAUCGCUGGGAUUUACAGUCAGGACACCGGAUGUUUGCCCACAAAUCAGGUGGCGACAUUCACACCUAUCGACAUCACCUGGCUGAAACAAACUAUGCAUCCAUCUGAGCCUGAUAUAGAUUCGAGCGAUGACGGUUACGAUUAUCGAAAGAGUAACUUACCAGCGGGUAACGAAUAUUUGCCACCGGUGUAAAGGUAAACGUGUAAUGGUAUUCAUACUGUUAUAUAGCGUAUUUUUUUUAAUACUCAUGAAUGGUAGAACGAGAAAGCGCCGACAUAAUACUCGCGCUCGCAUAAUACUCGAUAAUGCUGCAGAGAAUAUAAUUAGUGGCGUUUAAUCGAUUUCAUGCCAAGUCGCGAGAAAGAAUCAGAACAAUCGUCGACGAUUGUGAGCAUCACAGAUAAUCAUUGCCGAUACUAAACGUAAACUAAAAUACUUGACGCUCCGCUUUCGAGUAUUGUUAUUCGGAAUUUUCAUAAUACAGGAAAACGCGAUACAUAUAUAAGAACAGAAAUCAUCAGAGCUCAAUAUCGAGGUCAAUUCGGCGCCGAAAUAAGAAAACUCCAAGUAAUUGUAUGAAAAAGAAUUCAUGAACUCUUAGACUUUAUAGACGCAAAUGUAUUUAUUUGCCUGAUAUAAUACAAAAAUAAUAUAAAUGUGUCUGUACAUUGUACAUAAUGGGAAACGUCGUGUAAACGAUGUAUGCUUUUGCGAGUAAGAUUAAGCUAUCGGGAAAUCUGUCAAAAAAUUAUAUUACGUUUAAUAAAUAAAUAAAUUUGUUAGAGAA